AUGAACGGCGAGAUCGCCACCGCGAACCAGCGGUUGGCAUCCCGGGCCGCCCGAAACAACUCCGCGCUGCAGGGCGCCACCAUCGCCUUCUCAAACUCCAAACCUACGUCCGAUGUGGCCUCGCAACCAUCCGCGGCAGCCAGAGCCGCAGUCGCCAGCACAGUAACCCGUCAUGCGGAGCUGCGUCGCCAGGAAAUGGAGUCGCAGAAUGGGCCCGAGGUGGGCUCCGUGAAGGACAAGAUCGGGCUGUUUGCAGCCAACACCAACCUUUCGCCGCCGAGAACUGUCUCGAGAGGACGAGCUCCGUCACCCUCGAUGUCGCCCUCGCCCGGACAGAUCGCUGCACGCCUCGCCGCCGAAAAAUCCCCUUCCAGGAAACAGGAAGCAGCUGCUGCCAUUGCUGCCGCCAAGAUCAGUGCCGCCCGCAGUGCAAGCAGAAUGCAGUCUCGAGCGGCUGAAGAACGACGAGAGCUGCGCUCGCCCACGCCAAUACGACCCAACCCCCUGGAUACAAUGUUCCGAGAUAACCUUGCCAUUUCGGAGCCCGAGCCCGAGCCUGAGCACAAGCUCGAAUCAGAACGAGAGCCAGAACGAUAUGGCGAACGCCCAUCGUCUCUACCACCUCGCGCUGCAAGUGCUCGCGUCCCGGCAACCAGUGCCCAACCCUCAAUCAGCUCUCAAUUGAAUUCAACCUCGUGUCACGAUCCCAAACCGAGACUUCCCCCGCGGUCUACCCCCUCUCAGACGCCCUUCCGAAACCCAGUUCUCACCGGUACUCCUCUACUGCGCCCGUCAACACCAAGCCUGGCCUCCAUAUCAGGUCAAUCCCAUAACAGCAGUUCGAGCACGGUAACUGAGUCGGGAAUGAACGAGGAAGCGCUCUCCGACGCGAUAGUCGCAUCCUCCCUCGCAUCCGCACGCGCAUCUCCGAGGACAAAGGUGCCUCCACUACCCCCGGCCCGACGACGAAACCGGUCGCGGUCAAUUCUACGGCUCGCACACACCCCCAAGAGCGACCUAUCGCGCACGCCGAGCCCUCCCAAGGGCAUGCCGAUGACGCUUCGCGGCAUGCCCAAGGCCGACGUCGCUGACGCCCAGCGCCGACAUAAAAUGAACCUGCUCCACAAACACCCUCACAAACAUCACGAAGGGGAUCGCAAGCGAUGGAAACGCCAAGUAACAGAGAAAGAGCGGAAACGCUACGAGGGCGUCUGGGCAUCCAACAAGGGGCUGCUCAUCCCUCCUGACCGAGGCAGUCGCGAGCUUGGGCCGAAUGGUGCCGAGAAAGGGCCGCCCCCCUCAGAGAUGGUGCUGAACCUUGUGGUGCGGGAGAUCUGGUCCCGCAGCCGGCUGCCACCCGCGAUACUGGAGCAGGUAUGGGAUCUGGUAGAUAGCCAACACACGGGACUUCUGACGAAAGAAGAAUUUGUGGUUGGAAUGUGGUUGAUCGACCAGCAGCUGAAGGGUCACAAACUGCCGGUCAAGGUGCCCGACAGUGUUUGGGACAGCGUGCGGUAUGUCACAGGCAUUAAGCUUUCCUCCACAGGGCCCAAGGGCUAG